AAUCUUCAUGGAAAACCAACAGUUGGACCAUACUACUGGUGAAGAGCAACAUCAAGAACCCAGUCAUGAGGACAGCAUGCACAGUACACCAAAAUCAGAGAAGGCAGGAUUUUCGGUGUUAUCCAUUGGCUCUAUUUUAGAAAACCCUCAAAGCCCUAAAAGCCCAGAGGGAAUUGAAUCUCGUCAAAAUGAUACUGAAUCUACUCAUACAGAAACAGUACCGAUGGCAACCUCAACACCGACGUCGUCAGAGAAACGACCGAAUAAUGCCUCUCCAACGGAUAGCAUUCAUUCAGAAAAAAAGCCAAAAGUAGAAAAAGAAGAGGAGAAUCAGAGAGAGAAUCAACAAAACUUCAACAAACUCAGCGGUACCGCAGAGUCAGCGGCAACAGUUCCCUCUCAUUCAGAUGCAGCAUUAAGUUCCUUAGCGGCAGCAGGAUCCGCGCCAUGGCCGCACUCAAGAGUAACAUAUGAAUCUUCUCAGAAUUUAGAUGCUGGCACCCAACUUCCUUACGCAUAUCCGCAGAUUCCUGUUCGACAAUUUGUUUCCCCACCCAUAAAUAUUGACAAUUCCGCCCUCAAUGGAUUCAUAGAACGAUGCAUGUCAUCGGAAAAGGAACCUGUUGCUCAAUUCGUUUACACUCCAUGGUUCGAUCUGCCUUUAAUGUACAAUGCAAUUGGAAAAUUUAUCCGAAUAGAAAUAGAUGCAAAAUGGUUAAAUGCUGCGAUUAAUCCACGCCUAGGUAAACGUGAAUUAUGGGGAACAGACGUGUAUACGGAUGACUCUGAUAUAGUCACCAUGUUGGCACACUGUGGCUACUUUUCUCUCUUCAAACCUAUAACGAAGAUUGCUGUUGUGGACUUGUUUAUUCUGCCGCCAUUACUGGGUUACAAAGGAACUAGAAAAAACCAAAUUGAAAGCAGAAGCUGGACUUCUCGACAAGAUGGUUUAAGUAUUAAAGUAAAAAAUCAAAAGUGGAAGUCUCCCAAACCGUCGGUUUUUGAAAAUACUAUGCAUAAUAUGACAUUAGAACAACGCUUGCAAGCUCGACUCGAACUUUCCCGUUCUUCUGUCUUUAAGAUAUAAUGUAAAAUGUACUUAAUAUUUGUUAUUUAACUUUUGAACGAACAAUAGACGAAAUUUGAGUUACACGGUGUAGAUUAUCAUCGUUACAAGGAAUUUCCAC